UACCACGCAGUAUACACACAGUGAAGGUGUGAGAAAUAGUGAUGAGAGAGAGAGUGAGAGAAUAAAAUAUCAUAUGUGAAGCCACAAAAAUCUCUAUGCUUUCUGACACAAAAUCGCACACAGUGGCAUGACAAUGGCGACGCUGGCGAAAAUUCCGUUGACUUUUCUGUGUGCCGCCGACAGCUCGGAGCUCUGCUCGCCUAAAUUCUCCACUGCUAGGCGAUCUCUCGGAGCUAGAACGCUAGCCUAUGAGAAUGCCGAUAGAAUGAGAAUCGGCUGCGGUAGUAGGUGCGGAAUUGUGUGUAAAGCGGUAUCGGUCGAGCCGCAGGCGGCGAUUGAAGGUCUCAACAUUGCUGAAGAUGUUAGCCAGCUUAUUGGGAAGACGCCAAUGGUUUACUUAAACAACAUAGUAAAAGGUUGCGUUGCGAAUGUAUCUGCCAAGCUUGAGAUCAUGGAGCCAUGUUGCAGUGUCAAGGAUAGGAUAGGAUACAGUAUGAUAGCUGAUGCUGAGAAAAGAGGCCUUAUAACUCCGGGAAAGAGUGUUUUGGUCGAAGCUACGAGUGGAAAUACUGGAAUUGGCCUUGCUUUUAUAGCUGCCUCUAAAGGAUACAAGCUCAUCUUGACAAUGCCAACGUCCAUGAGUCUUGAGAGGAAGGUCCUCUUGAAAGCUUUCGGAGCUAAGCUCGUGUUGACGGAUGCAGCCAAAGGCGUGAACGGAGCUCUUCAGAAAGCUGAAGAAAUAUUGAAUAGCACUCCGAAUGCCUAUAUGCUAGGACAGUUUGAUAACCCAGCAAACCCCCAGAUUCACUAUGAAACCACUGGCCCAGAGAUAUGGGAAGAUACAAAAGGCAAGGUGGACAUACUUGUUGCAGGGAUCGGCACCGGUGGAACUAUUUCAGGCACUGGUCGUUACCUCAAAAAACUCAAUCCUAAUGUCAAGGUUAUUGGCGUGGAACCAACGGAAAGUAAUAUAUUAACUGGUGGCGAGCCCGGUCCUCACAAAAUUCAAGGGAUUGGAGCUGGUUUUAUUCCAAAGAAUUUAGAUCUAGAAGUCGUGGAUGAAGUUAUAGCGAUAUCGAGCGAUGAAGCAGUAGAAACUGCAAAGCAAUUGGCUCUCCAAGAAGGCCUACUGGUGGGUAUUUCUUCCGGAGCAGCAGCUGCUGCUGCUUUAAGGGUUGCAACGAGACCUGAAAAUGCCGGCAAACUUAUCACUGUUGUGUUUCCCAGCUUUGGCGAAAGGUACUUGUCCACAGUUCUUUUCGAGUCCAUACGGGAAGAGUGCUUGACGAUGCAACCCGAAGAAUGAAUCUCAUCGUUCCACGGAGUCUAGGUGCCGUAGACAACGUCGUCCUCAGCUCAUCCUCUUCACUUGCAACAAUGAGCAGGUCAAGUUUUUAUUGAGCUCUGUAUGUAUUCAAGAAUCUAUAGUUGAAUGCAGUGAAUUUGUGUUUAAGAUUUGAUGAUUUUUUAAACUUCUUGAUUGAUGGUUGUAAUUUAAACAAAUGGGAUGUUGUACAUGUUUUCCACUUGUGUAAUAACAAGGAGAAAUAAAAUGGAGAUUUGUCCAAA